AUGCCUACUCCUAUCUUCACUCACUCUUUCUUUUCACGUCUCACUUCUCAUCCCCUUGCUCUCCUUUCCUCACCCCACUUGUCCUGUCUCCUUCCUCCUCGUCCAUCCCCUCGCUCCUUACUCUCUUCAAUUCCACCUCUCCUCUCUUGUCUCACCCCCCGGGGCACAUCCUCCCAAUCAUCCACCCUCACGCUCCUCUCUCCUUCAUGCCGAAUGCCAUGCCCUUCCCUGCUGUGCCUCAUGCUGUCCCUGCUCUCAUCUCUGAUCCUCCGCCCCUCAAAGCUCUCUUCUGUCCUUGUAUAUUUUUCCUCCCUGCUCUCCUCCCUGCUCCUUUUUACCUCCCUGUCCUCGUCUCUGCACCUCCGCUCACUAUCACGCCACUUUGUCGACUCAUGCCCGCCUGCUUCCCUCCUCUCACUCCUCCCCUUCUCCCUCGCUGGACUCACAACUUCAUCCCUUGAAUACCCACUAUGCCUUCCCCUUCUGCCUCCCUCCUCAUGCUCCUCUUCAUCCUUCCCUCUUCUCCCCUCUCCACCCCUCACUCUCAUUCCUCCCUCUUCGUCUCUCCUCUUCCUGUCAACCCCUCGUCCUCUCACGGUCCUCCUCCCUCCAGCGGUACUCCUCUCUGCCAUGCCCAUCGUCCCCACGCCGCCUGUCCCCACUGCCUGCAUCGGGCCUCCCUCGCCUCUCCUCCAUUUGUCCCCGAUGCUCCUCCUCGUCGCUGUCAGAAGCCCCGCCACGCCCUCUCUUCCCAUCGUCCACCCUCACAGAUUUGACACCUCUCCUCCCCCUCAUCAUUUCCUCCUCAUGCUCUCUAUCCAAUUCUACGUCUCUCCUUUCCCACUUCUUCCUUCCCUCAGCUUCCUUCACACUCUUCUCGUCCUCCUUCCGCUGUCUUCCCUUCUCUGCAUCCCUCUCCCUCCUCACACCCCCCCUCUCCUCUUCUGCCUCUCCACCAUGGCUCGCUCCUCUCUCUCCCUCUCCUUCCGCAUCCCACCUCCUCUUCCUCUCUCUCUUUCCAUCCCUCCUCGGACUCGCACCACGUGCAGCUCCUUCCUCUCCUCCACCCCCUCGCUCCUCUCUCCCUGCAGUCACCCAAGCAGCAAUCGCCCGGGCGCGAGCAAGGGCGUCGGCAGUGAGAGCAGCCACAUCCACGCUGCCAGCAGCACUUUCUCUACGCUUCGCCAAGGUGCGAGGGACAUAGAGGAGGGUGCGAGGGACAGAGGGAAGGGUGGUACAGAGGAGGAGCAUUAG